AUGCCGCCCCCUGUGAGCCCUCGUUCCGCCCCCGUUCCACCCCGGGAGGCGGAGCGCGGGGACACGGGGCGGGUCCGGUGGCGCCGGUCUCCCUUGCGGAGCGGCGACACGUGCGCGGAGCGGCGGCGACGCGGAUCGGUGAGCGUAGCGGGGCGGUCCGGGACGGCCGGGACGGCGCCGCGGCGGCAGGGGCGGGGGGGGGCGGGGCGGGAGGCGCUCGGGGACCGCGGAGGGGACCGGAUGGGGCGUCCGGGGGGUGCGGGGGAAGGCGAGAGGUCGGGUCCGUUGCCGUGGCCACGGGACGCAGCGCCCCGGAGCGGAACGCUCUGGCGCCCACCCCGCCCGCUCGACCGACCCCUCCGUUCCCCGCAGCCGCCGGGCAGCGCCAUCGCCAUCGAGGAGCAGCUGGAGUUCGGCAAGGAUGGGCGAGAGCUGCACCAGGAGCUGGCCACGCCGUUCCAGGCGCCGCAGCAGAAGAAGAUGGAGGUGGAACCCACCGAGCACAGCACCUCCGAGGAGCUGAACCGUCUGCAGGGCAGCGAACAUGUCCCAUGGAUGCAAGGCGACGGGAUCCCUCUGCCAAAGAAGGUGCUUUUCCCCGUGGAGCGCCUCUCCAUGCAGUGGCAGCGGACCCACCAGAUCGGCGCCGGGCUGAAAAACUUGGGGAACACGUGUUUCCUCAACUCCACCGUGCAGUGCCUCACCUACACGCCUCCGCUCGCGAACUACCUGCUGUCCAGGGAGCACAGCCGGACCUGCCAGCAAGGGGAGUUUUGCAUGCUGUGCACUAUGGAGAAGCACAUACUGCAGGUUUUCAGUAGCAGCGGCAGCGCAAUACAGCCCACGUCCUUCGUCAGAAACAUCAAGAAGAUUGCCACGCACAUCCGCUUAGGCCGCCAGGAGGAUGCACAUGAGUUCCUGAGUUUCACCAUCAAUGCCAUGCAGAGGGCCUGCCUGGAUGGCUGUACCGAGUUGGAUCAGCAGAGCCAGACCACAACGCUGGUUCACCAGAUCUUUGGUGGCUUCCUGCGGUCGCGUGUGAUGUGCAAAGCGUGCAAUUGGCCCUCGGACACCUAUGAACCCUUCCUGGACCUGGCGGUGGAGAUUGAGGAAGCUGAAAGCAUCGAGCAGGCACUGAAGUUGUUUGUGAGGCCAGAGAUGCUGUGCGAGGAGAACGCCUACAUGUGUGACAAGUGCAAGACCAAAGUGCAAGCCAUCAAACGCUUCAGCAUCCACCGAAGCCUCCAGUUCUUCAUAGUCUCGCUGAAGCGCUUUUCCAUCUUCAGUGGAGGCAAAAUCAAGAAGGAAGUGACAUACCCUGAGGUCUUGGACAUCCGACCUUACUUGUCAGAGGACAAAGGGGACCCGAUGAAUUACGACCUCUACGCCGUGCUGGUGCACUCUGGGUACUCCUGCCGCUCAGGGCACUACUACUGCUACGUGAAGGCCAGCGAUGGGCAGUGGUACCAAAUGAAUGAUGCUGUUGUCUGCCUCACCAACCUCAAGGUGGUCCUGAACCAGCAGGCCUAUGUGCUUUUCUACGUGAGAACACCCGGCACCAGCAAGAGCUUUGAGGAACCCAUUGCCGAGGCUGUGUCCAUCGCGCCCAGCCAGCCAGUGAUGGGCCAGAAACCAGAGACGCAGCCUGCAAACAAGCUGUCUGGGCAGGAGGAGGUUGGGGUGUCUGUGCCCUGUAGAACAUGCAGUACAGGGCCAAAGCUUCCCACUUCCUCCAAGCUGCUGCAGGAGCUCCGAAAGUACCUCUCUGCUGUGCCUGGGGUCAAGCCACCUGCUCCAGAAGGCUCCAGGCGGGCUAAAUUGAAGAGGUCCCUGUUGGCCGUCAGUGCUGUGGAGCAGAGCAGCUCCACAUCACCACCAGCAGCCAAGAAGCUGGCACUCUCUGCUGAAAAGGGCAGCACUCCGGAGGCGGUGAGCAGAGAUGACCGUUGCACACAACUUCAGCUGCAGCUUCCAGAGCAGAUGCACCCCACGGACACCACCCACCCUGACUCCACUUCCCAGCCUUCUGGCAAGUUGAGCACAUCUUCAUCUGCGCUGAAAGUGCUGAAUGCAGAAAAGCCUCCUUUGAAAAUCAUCAUCAAAUUAUCAGCCCUUGGGGACCUCAGCUCCGUGCUGAAAAAGCGCCACCAUAGGGCAGACGGCAGCCCUCAAUCUCAAUCUGUUAAUGGCGAAGAUGACACCUCCAGCCCGCCCAGAAAGAAGAGCUGCACGCCCGGGAACUCGGUGUCCAUCACGGGGGAGGAGGCAGGCAAGAGUGCCAGUGGUGGCCAGAAGGAGCCAGGCUGCCAGCGCACAUCUUCAUCUGAGCUGAAACUGCCGAAUCCGUAA